AUGGAGACGCACAGUGGAAAUGUACCUAUUGCAACAAUGCCAAGCUCGGUAGAUGAGAUAAAACAGGCGGAACAUUUGCUACCGCAGACCAACGAGUCGUACCCAAUACUGCAGGAAAGUUCCGCUGAGAUUAAAGGCACCAAAGAACCACCCAGAAAAUGUUUAAUGUGUUUGUUACCCUUCGAGGAGCUGAGUUCGAUCGGAACCGAAUCGGCGGAGGAGUUAAAACGGAUAGUGGAUAAUAUUUAUAAGAUUGCCAAAAUAGAGGUUAAACCAGCUGAUGGGAAGAUUGAACCCUUGUGUAAUGGGUGUCGUGCGAAAUUGGGCUAUGAUUAUGAUGAGGAUGCGUACUUCGAUAUGUUAAGCCAGAUGUACAACAGUGAAGCACAGUGUAAACCACCCACAAUAACAAUGCACAAUGGCAUACCGGUGCACGUGGCCGUACCGUGUGACGCAAAUCCCGACUCACCGACAUCGGGCCCCGGUGGACACUACAUCGAUGCCGCCUGUGGUACAUUCGUUGUAACCGAGCUUGGCGUAGAAGCGCUGAAUGCUGACAAGGAUGAGCUGGUGUGUGCCAUCUGUUCGAAAGCUUUCAAUUUCAAGUCCACGCUCCGGUUGCACAUCCGUAGUCACCAUCAGACGGCUCCACGGGACACGAUCGAGCUGCCAAAGCAUCCACGCAAACCGCGCACGUAUGAGUGUACCGAGUGCAACCUUAGUUUCAAGCUGAAGUACGACUUCGACAAGCACAUCGGUAGCCACAAGAAGCCAAGCAUGCACCAGUGCGAGGGCUGCUUCAAGCUGUUUAAACACAAAUCCUACUAUCUGAUGCACCGGAACUUGAAACGUUGCAAGGCACAGUUUUCGAUCGAUCUGACCAAUCCACUGGACCCGUUCUUGGCGAGGGAUGUUCCGCAGGCCGUGGGAAUGGAUCUGCCACCAGUUGCACCUUCCACCGGUCGUCGGAAGAACGGUACGGCAAAAGAUCGUACCAGCGGUUCACCUUCGCUCGGUUCCGUUUCACCAUUUCCAUUACAGUGCACCCCGGAAUUGGGUUCCCUCACGGACUGUGGCAUCAGGAAUGCCAGCUAA